AUGAUUUCAAGCUCUCUCAUUUCUCUUCCUCAACAAUCCCUUCCGUUUGGUUUCUACACACCCAUUAAUCUCCAGACUCCUCGCCACAACCCAACAAUCGUAGGCAUGAAGGUGAGAUCAUCAGUGAAGAAGAUGUGUGAGUUUUGUCAGAUAGUUAAGCGUCGUGGGCGGAUAUAUGUAAUCUGUAGCUCUAAUCCCAAGCACAAGCAACGUCAAGGCUUCGCAACAUUUGCUUAUGGUGGACUCAUAUCUGCAGAGACUAGUGCCCCACAGAGAGUUGUACCCAGUCAAAGCGCAGUGGUAGGUCUGGCUUCUCUCGUACCCAAAAAGCACGAACCAUCAGCGUUGUAUGGAUGGAGGGGUGGCCUUUCAUCUUUCCUUUCCAAACAAGGGAAUUAG